AUGGCGCCUUCUCCGCGACCGCUCGCCCGGCUGCGGCCGCCAGGGAUGCUGCUCGGCGCGCUCCUGCUGCUUCUCCUCGGCCCGCUUCCAGGAGUGUGGUGCUUUAGCGAACUAUAUUUUAUAAAAGAACCACAGGAUGUAACUGUCACAAGAAAGGACCCAGUCAUUUUAGAUUGCCAGGCUCACGGAGAAGUUCCUAUUAAGGUCACAUGGUUGAAAAACGGAGCAAAAGUGUCUGAAAGUAAACGGAUCCAGGUUCUUUCUAAUGGCUCUUUGUACAUCAGUGAGGUGGAAGGCAGGCGGGGAGAGCAAUCCGAUGAAGGAUUUUAUCAGUGCUUGGCAAUGAACAAAUACGGAGCCAUUCUUAGUCAAAAAGCUCAUCUUACCUUAUCAACUAUUUCUGCAUUUGAAGUUCAGCCAGUUUCCACUGAGGUUCAUGAAGGUGGAGUUGCUAGAUUUGCAUGCAAGAUUUCAUCAAACCCACCUGCAGUCAUAACAUGGGAAUUCAAUCGGACAACACUACCUGUAACUUCUAACAGGAUAACUGCCCUGCCAUCAGGAGUAUUGCAGAUCUAUGAUGUUGGCCAACAGGAUGCAGGGAAUUACCGUUGUGUUGCUGCUACUGUAGCCCACCGACGUAAAAGUAUGGAAGCCUCUCUAACUGUGAUUCCAGUAUUUUUUGAAAUAGAUCACAAAUCCAUUGAUGUCUUUAAUACCCGGGUACUUGGAAAUGGAAAUCUCAUGGUAUCUGACGUCAGGCUGCAACAUGCUGGGGUGUAUGUUUGUCGGGCCACUACUCCUGGCACACGCAACUUCACAGUUGCCAUGGCAACUUUAACUGUGUUAGGGUUAAACAAUGAAGAGUAUCAAGUGGUCAUUGGAAAUGACACAACUCAUUAUAUUAUUGAUGACUUGGAACCUGCCAGCAAUUAUACUUUCUACAUUGUGGCAUAUAUGCCAAUGGGUGCCAGCCAGAUGUCGGAUCAUGUGACACAGAAUACUCUGGAGGAUGUUCCCCUGAGACCUCCUGAAAUUAGUUUGACAAGUCGAAGUCCCACCGAUAUUCUCAUCUCCUGGCUGCCAAUCCCAGCUAAAUACCGGCGGGGCCAUGUAGUGCUCUAUCGCCUGUCCUUCCGCCUGAGUACCGAGAAUCCCAUCCAAGUUCUGGAGCUCCCUGGGAACACACACGAGCACCUUUUGGAAGGCCUGAAACCUGAUAGUGUCUACCUGGUCCGAAUCGCUGCUGCCACCAGAGUGGGGUUGGGAGAGUCAUCUGUGUGGACUUCACACAGGACACCCAAAGCUACAAGCGUGAAAGCCCCGAAGUCUCCAGAGUUGCAUUUGGAGCCUCUGAACUGUACCACCAUCUCUGUGAAAUGGCAGCAGGAUGCUGAGGACACAGCAGCCAUUCAGGGCUACAAGCUGUACUACAAAGAAGAAGGGCAGCAGGAGAACGGGCCCAUUUUCCUGGACACCAGUGACCUCCUCUACACCCUCAGUGGUUUGGACCCCAGAAGAAAAUACCACGUGAGGCUGCUGGCCUACAACAACAUAGAGGAUGGCUACCAGGCAGAUCAGACCGUCAGCACCCCGGGAUGUGUGUCUGUUCGUGAUCGCAUGGUUCCCCCUCCACCACCGCCCCAUCAUCUCUAUGCGAAGGCUAACACCUCAUCUUCCAUCUUCCUGCACUGGAGGAGGCCUGCGUUCACCACCGCACAACUCAUUAACUACACCAUCCGCUGUAACCCUGUCGGCCUGCAGAAUGCUUCUUUGGUUCUGUACCUUCAAACAUCCGAAACUCACAUGUUGGUUCAAGGUCUAGAGCCAAACACCAAAUACGAAUUUGCUGUUCGAUUACACGUGGAUCAGCUUUCCAGCCCCUGGAGCCCUGUCGUCUACCACUCCACACUUCCAGAAGCACCAGCAGGCCCACCAGUUGGAGUAAAAGUGACACUGAUAGAGGAUGAUACUGCUCUGGUUUCCUGGAAACCCCCAGAUGGCCCAGAGACAGUUGUGACACGCUAUACUAUCCUCUAUGCAUCCAGGAAGGCCUGGAUUGCGGGAGAGUGGCAGGUCCUACAUCGAGAAGGGGCAAUAACCAUGGCUUUGCUGGAAAAUCUGGUAGCUGGAAAUGUUUACAUUGUCAAGAUAUCAGCAUCCAAUGAGGUGGGAGAAGGACCCUUUUCAAAUUCAGUGGAGCUGGCAGUACUUCCAAAGGAAACGUCUGAAUCAAACCAGAGGCCCAAGCGUUUAGAUUCUGGUGAUGCCAAAGUUUAUUCAGGUUAUUACCAUCUGGACCAGAAAUCAAUGACUGGCAUUGCCGUAGGCGUUGGCAUAGCUCUGACCUGCAUCCUCAUCUGUGUCCUCAUCUUGAUAUACCGAAGUAAAGCCAGGAAAUCAUCUGCAUCCAAGACAGCGCAGAAUGGGACCCAACCGUCAUCCCGUACCAUUGCCUCUUUAGCUAGUGGAAAUGAGGUAGGAAAGAACGUGGAAAGAGCUGCAGAAAAUGAAGAAUCCUUAAUGCCAAUGAUGAUGCCAAACAGCUUCAUUGAUGCAAAGGGAGGAACUGACCUGAUAAUUAAUAGCUAUGGUCCUAUAAUUAAAAGCAACCCUAAGAAAAAAUGGUUUUUUUUCCAAGACACAAAGAAGAUAAAAGUUGAGCAGCCUCAAAGAAGAUUUACUCAAGCCGUCUGCUUUUACCAGCCAGGCACUACUGUAUUAAUCAGUGAUGAAGACUCCCCCAGCUCCCCAGGUCAGACAACCAGCUUCCCCAGACCAUUCGGUGUUGCAGCUGAUACUGAACAUUCGGCAAAUAGUGAAGGCAGCCACGAGACUGGGGAUUCUGGAAGGUUCUCCCAUGAGUCCAACGAUGAGAUACACUUGUCCUCAGUUAUAAGUGCCACACCCCCGACAUCUAGUUCUUUCGCUGGCUGUGGUUCGGGUGGGGAUCCCACAGUGAGGAAGUGUGAAGACCCUGUAAUGCCAUCAGCUGCUGAGCAGACUUCCUCUUCGGUUCUGCCCCCACCAUCUGCCAAGCAAUGCUUUGAUAAAAACGGUCUUCCGGUCUAG